GCUCGCUCUUCCUUUCGCUCCCGCCGCUCAUCCGAAUGCGCGAGCAUCAGCAGGACUUUUAUUAGAGGGGGCCUUCCUAGUCAUGUCAAUUGUCUCCGCGCUGACAAAAGCAAACCGGGUGCGCUGCUGUUUUGAGAUAUCACUGCUGGUCCUGAAAAAUGUCUACAGUUUGUUUUCAGUGAGGACUUUGCCAAGCUAGGAUUGGAGCUACCGGAAUGGAAAUAACGAACGGCUUAUAAGGAGGCGACAGUGUCAACGUCGAAUGUCGAAGUAGACUAUCCUGUGUGUGUAUCCUACUGCAGAAUGGACGAAAUGGUGUUCCGGAAUGAUUUCAAUCAUUUUGAAUCGAAUGGGAGACCGUGGUAGGCCAGUCAUCUAACGUCCCCGAGAGCAACCGGCGUUUGGUUCUACGUUGGCAUCUGGCAUAUGAUCUAUGUUUUGUGUCUCCAACUUUUUCUGUGCUCAAUUUUGCGCUUAAAACUAUCAGUGCAACAGUGCAAGACAAUGUUGUCCGCAAUAGGGGUUUGCCUGUCAGCGAUGUGGAGGUUCGACAGUGUGCUUCAGGCGUAUCGUCUGGCCGCGCAUUGUGGUCUGCUGUGAGGCAAAGACAUUUUGCCUACCUGAUGACCCUCCGGAAGGUUUUCGCACAUAUUGGAAGACGCAUUUAGAAAUGGAAUUUCGUCCACCAUUAAUUGAAGCUAUGAACUGACGAUCCUGGGCAGAGACUUUAAACUUCCCAUCACAAGCACCGGUCAUUGGACUGAAACAAGUGUGGCAUUGAAAUUGUUAUAACGGUUGCGAAUAACGCACAAUAAAACAUGGCCAACAAUGACUCGAUACAGAGCGACCCGGAUGGGCUGUCGGUGCUGGAGCAGCUGGGCCUGGACCAGAGCUCGGACCUGUCCGACUCGAACGUGCAGCAGCGGCUGGAGGAGCAGAGGGAGCGCAUCCGCAGGGAGAUCCGCAAGGAGCUGAAGAUCAAGGAGGGCGCAGAGAACCUGCGACGGGCCGCCACCGACAAGCGUCAGGCCCAGCAGGUGGACAGCCAGCUGCGCUCGUCAGGGCGUAAGCUGGACAGCCUGCACACACAGCUCCAGGAGCUGGACGCACACAUCGUGGUGAAAGGCCACGAUGACAGCAGAGAUGACCCCCAUUCUCCGGGGACAGUCAGUCGCCCCUCUGCUAACGAGCACCGGAUCGCGGCCCUGCAGCGGCAGCUGAACAUCGAGCUGAAAGUGAAGCAGGGGGCAGAGAACAUGAUCCCCAUCUACGCCAAUGGAGCCGCCAAGGACAAGAAAAUGCUGCAGGCAGCCCAGCAGAUGCUGCAGGACAGCAAGACCAAGAUCGACAUCAUCCGCAUGCAGAUCCGCAAGGCCAUGCAGGCCACCGAGCAGACAGAGGAUUCACAGGGGAACACAGACUUGUGUGGGGUGGAGCUGCGGAUCGAGGAGUUGUGGCAUCACUACCGCGUGGAGCACGCCAUGGCUGAGGGAGCCAAGAACAUCCUCCGAAUCCUGGGAGCAGGCAAGGCCCAGGACAAGAAGGCCAUGUCUGAGGCCCAGUCUCGUCUGAGCGAGUCUUCCCAGCGGCUGGAUCUCCUGAGGGAGGCCCUUGAGCAGCGUAUGGGGGAGCUGCCGGAGGACCAUCCCAAGGCCUGUCUGAUCAAGGAGGAGCUGGCCCUGUCCUCCUCGCCCGCCUUCAGCUCCCGCCAGGCCGCCCCCUACGUCCACAACCAGUACAGCACCCUCAGCAAGCCCUCCCCGCUCACAGGUACGCUGCAGGUGCGUCUGCUGGGUUGCGUGGGGCUGCUGGAGAUGAUUCCAGGCCGCACUAAGGGUAAUUCGGUGGCGCUGCCCAACUACAACUCCGGGGACGGGCGGCCCUUCAAGCUCAGCCUCUACAACCGCAGCAGCAGCAGCCUCAGUAUCAAGCUGCCCGGCAAGAACGACGAGACGUCCAGUGAGGUUAGCGCUGUGUUGAAGCUGGAGAACUCUGUCGUUGGCCAGACAUGCUGGAAGAGCGUGGGGGAACAAGCCUGGGACCAGACCUUCACUGUGGAGCUGGAGAGGUCUAGAGAGAUGGAGAUAGCAGUGUACUGGAGGGACUACCGUUCACUUUGUGCCCUGAAGUACCUGAAGCUUGAGGAGUUCCUGGACAACCAGAGACACAGAGUUCAGCUGGAGCUGGAGCCCAAAGGCCAGCUCCUGGCAGAGGUGACAUUCUUCAACCCAGUCAUAGAGAGGGGCCGGCGCCUUCAGAGGCAGAAGAAGGUCUUCUCUAAACAACAGGGUAAGGCCUUCCUGAGGGCUCAGCAGAUGAAUGUGGACAUCGCCACCUGGGUGCGGCUGCUCAAGAACGCCAUCCCCACGGGCAACAGCUCCUCCAGCUUCACCCCCAACUCAAACACACAUAACUCCGGAGAGAUUUCCGUAGAGAAACUCAGCCUGGACGGUGACUCCCCUCCAAGAACUGCUGACAUCACAAUAGACUCAGACACACAACAACCGGAGCCCUUGCCGGUAAUAGAGCCGUUCUCUCCCCCAGAUCUUGCCCCUGAGCGCCACAGCAGAACCAGUUCCCAAAGCUCGCAGCGCAGGCAGAGCAAAGGCCCUCUUUGUCUGCAUGACUUCCGACUGGUGGCUGUGCUUGGCAGGGGGCAUUUUGGCAAGGUGAUACUGUCCGAGUACAAAAGAAGCGAGAGCCUGUACGCCAUCAAAGCGCUGAAGAAGGCAGACAUAGUGGCCCGUGAUGAGGUAGAGAGUCUGAUGUGUGAGAAGAGGAUCUUUGAGACCGUGAACAGGUCCCACCACCCGUUCCUGGUCAACCUGUUUGCGUGUUUCCAGACGCCUGAGCAUGUGUGUUUCGUCAUGGAGUACACAGCCGGCGGGGACCUCAUGAUGCACAUCCACGCGGACGUGUUCUCAGAGCCUCGCGCCAUGUUCUAUGCAGCUUGUGUGGUUCUGGGCCUGCAGUUCCUUCAUGACAAUAAGAUUGUGUACCGCGACCUCAAACUGGAUAAUCUGCUGUUGGACACAGAGGGCUAUGUGAAGAUUGCAGAUUUUGGCCUCUGUAAAGAGGGGAUGGGUUAUGGGGACAGGACCAGCACAUUCUGUGGAACUCCUGAGUUCUUGGCGCCUGAGGUUCUGACGGACACCUCCUACACCAGAGCAGUGGACUGGUGGGGGCUGGGCGUGCUGGUGUACGAGAUGCUGGUGGGAGAGUCGCCUUUCCCUGGAGAUGAUGAAGAGGAGGUGUUUGACAGCAUUGUGAAUGAUGAAGUCCGUUAUCCACGAUUCCUCUCUACUGAGGCCAUUGGUAUCAUGAGAAGGCUGCUGAGACGGAACCCGGAGAGACGUUUGGGCUCAGGUGAAAAAGACGCAGAGGACGUUAAGAAGCAGCCAUUCUUCAGGAACAUGGACUGGGAGUCUCUCCUUAAGCGCCGUCUUCCCCCGCCGUUCGUCCCGGCCAUCUGCGACCCGGAGGACGUCAGCAACUUCGACGCCGAGUUCACCACCGAGGCGGCCGCGCUGACUCCGCCCCGCGAGAGGCGCACGCUCUCGCGCCGGGACCAGGACUGCUUCAAGGACUUUGACUACGUCUCCGACCUGUGCUAGGACCCGGCGCCAGGGGAACACCAGUGGUCAGGAGAGACACGAGGGGUGGCUGUGUGCACGCCACGGCCCGCCACCCUGGUGGACUCCUGUCUUUUCACUGUGACUGGGUGACUCCCAUGCAGAAUGCUAUUACUGUGAAGAUGACGGGGGGG